GUUAUGCCAGUAAUCAUCACGGUGGACGCGGCGGUGGUGACCUUAUCGCGAUGGUACCCCGCCUGGAUAAAAGAAUCCCUCCCGAACUAGUGUACCUAAGUGCGUACGAGUACCAUAUAAGAACAAGGGAAGGAAACAACGGAUUCGGAGAAGGUUGGAUUCUUGGGUUCUCUCUUUUUUUUUCUUUUCUGUUUUGUGUGUGCUUCGUCUUCCAUCCACACUUCUCUCUCCACCGGAUCCAGAGUCACGGCUAAAUAUAGCCCAUGCACAAGGGAGCAGCCAAAAAGUCGUUUCAGCGGAGCAUUGCAACGUUCCCCAGUCAUAUAUUCCCGUACGCGGAGUGGAUUAGGUCAUCUGCGGGUGGUGAGGUGGAACAGAGUUCUAGAAUUUCCGUUGCUCGAUUCGAUUCCCCAGCUCUGGAUAUAUCUAUCCGGCUGGUCGCUUGCCUCUGCCCUCUGCCCUCUGGGGUUCCUAUCGUAAGACGCAAACAGCCUCAGCUCAGUUUCUCGACUGCCACAACAGGAACACUAUCGGACUACCCUUUUAUUCUUAUAUUCUCACGCCGGCAUCCCUCUUUCAGCACCGCCCAUUUAUUCUCCGAGCGAUUUUUGGUUGCCAACCGGCUGCACGAUACUCUCAUCCACCGCCACUUAAUAAUCCCGCAUAACACCACUCCGCCCUUUUUUGGUAUCAGGCCCAUUGCACGUGCGGUGUACCUUGGAGAAGACGGCUACCUGGUUUAUAAGAAAAGGGGGAAACCAAAAAAACAUCAGAACAAAAGGCAUUUCACGCAGGGAGAAAAUAAACAUUCCUUAGUCAGCCCGGCCCCCCCGUUGUCUGUAGUGAGACUGGUUUCAUUUGUGACCUAUCUGACCUUCCUGGUGCCACAGCAGAUACACACAGAGCAGGAAGAAAAAAAGCUUAUCGUCGUGGCUAUUAUCAUCAUCAAGAAUUUGCAGUUUGCCCGCUACAUAUUUGCCUCAUUGCCGGGGUUUCCAAAAGAAAAAAAUCACUCAGGGUUGUAUUCUCAUUCGCCCCGUUCGCUGGAGGGAUUCAGCACAUGCCAUUUCUCUGAACAAGGACGAGGCGAUAUUACGAAACUAUAGCAUCCAGUACGACCGUCCGAGACAAUUGGUCCAACCAAUUGCGCCGUCGGAUCCCUGCUAGACGCAAAUCCCUCAUACUUCUGACCCCAUAGGGGCAACCUCUCGUGCUCC